CGUCAUUUGUUACCGGGUCCCGGGUUGAUUUUAAGUCCAAGUUAAAAGCAACCCGGAGCCCGGUUGUGCCCAAAGAUACGCCGUUAGCCGUAGGGUCCCAAUGUGAAAAAAACACCUCGUAAACUGCCCGGCAGGGCCCCUUUUUCAAUAGUGACCAAAGCAUUACCUAGAUGCCUACCUUCAUUGACGAUUGAUAACUUUGAUUGCUGAAAUAACAUUGCGUUUGCCUUGAAGGUACGUUGCUGUUGUUCGAGUCCCCAAGAGUACGAUAGAUGGAAAGCAGGCAGCCGGUAUUAUCCUCUUCAUCUGGAUACUUUCUGCGACUCUCGCCAUUCCACAGGCGGUGGUGUUGGAGACAAGGUCUGUGGAAUACUCCAGUGUUCCAGUCUUGACCUGUCAGGAGCAGUGGCCAAGUAUCACAUACCGCCGGGUCUACACCGUAGCCCUGUUCCUGGCCCUCUUCUUCACCCCGAUGUCCAUCAUCUGCUUCAUGUACGUCAAGAUCUCCAAGAAGCUCUGGCCCGACCAGGGCUCGGAGGGCGGGACGCCGCGAUCCUCCGCCAGACGUGCGGGGACGGCCGACCGCGACUCCCGAAUGAUCUGGAUCGUCAAGAUGCUGCUGAUCGUCGUCACCCUGUUCGCUGUCAGCUGGCUGCCUCUCCACGUGGUCACCAUCGUCGGAGACUUCGGAGACCUUAGCAGCUGGCACGGGACCGUCCUGUACGACUACAUCUACCCUGUGGCGCACUGGCUGGCCUACCUGAACAGCUGCAUGAACCCUAUCGUCUACGGCUACUUCAAUAAGAACUUCCGCCGCAUGAUGAACGAAGACAACAAAAAGCAGGGGACCUCCAGAAAGGCUGACGGAAAACUAGGCGUACACCAGACACACAUCGAGAUGACAGACAGAUCGGUCUUUAACUGCACCACUCCCGGUACCCUCCGUUCCGUGGUGACCAUCCAGAGCUCUCCCAGUAGACUAUGAACCCUACCCAAAAUACAGUCAAACACACAUGUAGCAGACCAACCGCCCAAGGAACCGAGGAAAGUAGUUGCUGAUGACAGGUGGUUAACGAUAUAGAAAUAAAGGACGGGACCGUUUUGAUCAGACUUGUGACUGCACCAGGUUUGACUUAGAAUUGUCCCUUCCCUGAGACUACCUAAACACGACAAAGAACCAAUGUGCUGCCACACGGUUCACUUGAAUUGUCAGGCAUCCUUAGAAUCGGCAGACCGGAGGUGAACAAUAAAGCAUAGGCCAAGCAGCGUAUAUCCUACUCUACGUUUUGUAAGAAGAAGCAGUCAAACGUUCGUCAUACUCUAGUUUUGUUUGAUAUCAUGAAAGAUGUCGUCAUUUGUUCUUCUAGUUCAUCCAGAUCUUUUCAUACUAAUGAUUCGGUGUUUUCAGGGUAUUUGAAAAAAAAACUAAUCCAUCGUACAUAAUUCCUUGUAUAGUUGACCGCUUUGAUCCUAAAAUCAAGAGAGUCCCAGUCGUCGGCGAUAAACCCACUGUUUGCUUUGAACCCCAUACCACCAAUGCAGUGACCAACGACCACGCUGCGUCCUAAAUUUGACAGAGAUCUCUACGAAAUUCAUAUAACCUUCAGAUACAAACUAUUGAUUCUAUGCUUUGUUUGUUUUGGUGUCUUGUCAGUCAAACUUUAAUAAAAAUUCUGCCUAAUAUUCCAAUUAUGAAAUUAAAGGGUUAUAGAAAUCCAAUCUAUGUCGUAGCGCGAUCGCUGCCUAGUCGAAUUGGAGACCACCAUCUUCUCGGAAGAAAAUGGCAGUAGCAUCUACUGCCUUCUUCCAGCUGUUACCCCGUCUCCUCAUAAUUCUGUAUUUGUAAAUUCUUUUCAAUUUACUCGAGAAACGUCAAUCUGAUAUGGUUAUUUGUUCUCUGUCCGUCUUAUGAUUGUUUGAUUGUGAAGUAGGAUCAGGAAUACUAGGAACACUUCUGAUAGCGUCUGUGUUCAUUGGUAAAGGUAUCUUCUUGUUGUUUGUUUCAUAUAACGUUACUAAUACAAAGGAUGUUAUACGGGAAUAUUGUGUUGAUUGUGGGUGUCAACAUUUCGUUUCAUAUUGAAAUGAAAUGAAAACCAGAAAACCAUUGUGAGACUUGUACUGCACUUUCAAGUUCUGGAGGAUUUAAUUUGUCUAUUGUGUCUGCCAUGCACGUUGUAUAAUCUGUGAAGUCUUCUAUUAAAUCACCUAUAUGUCACUACAAUAUACCAUGUUUCCCUCAGAUGACAACUAAUUGAUAUUUGUUUUUGUUUGUAGAGCUGAGUUUCAGUGAUAUUUUGCUCAAUAAAGCA